GGAUUUUCAGCCAGCGAGCAAGUGUUUUGUGCUGUUUGUUGCACUUCAUUUUCCCCCUCAUCGCUUCUUUAAUUACACGUUUAGUUAAGUGACGGGUGGCGGACAAGUGGCGAAAACUUAUUCUUCGUCGGUCGAGGAAAUGACAACUUCAACGACCAAAACUAGUUUAAGACCAAGCGAAGCAGCAAGAGCACAAAGUGAUUAACACAGUGGAAGACCAUCCGAUUGAAAAAAAAAAUUAACGGCUCAAAAUGCUGAUCGAGUUUGCGGAGUUUAGCCAGAAACUUCAAAUCUACCGGGAGAUUCUGAGGCGGCUGCAAAGCGACCAUGAGUCCUACCAGCGCCGGCGCGAUCGCCUAAGCAAACUCAGCCAGAGGAAACGGUCCACUGCUGCUGCCCAGAAACCCGAUGCCGUUUUGUGCUCUAUGUGUAACGCCAACAUCGAAAUCGAGGAUCCCAACAGUUUCGCAACAUGUCGCGGUUGCGAGAGACUCGUGUGCCAAGGAACGAACAAGGAGGAGGCCAACCGAUGCUGCGACUGGAUUCCGGCCAUCGGAAUUUGGGAAUGCCGGGAAUGCAACUCGAAUCGGGUUAUCCAACAGAAGGCGGGCCAAUGGUUGCUGAAUCAGCUCACCCACCGGUUGCAGCAUCCGGGGCCGGUGAAUCUGAAAGCCGAAAACGAUCUGCUCGGUUUAGCCGGUGCCGAUUUUGACGAUGCCCAAAGUUCCUCGUCCUCCAUUUCAUCGAACCAGAAGGUUAAAGUGCGGGACUACAAAGACAAUGAAGCAACCGUUCCAUGGUUCCCGCGCCGUAUUCGCGACUUGGAUCGAUUCGCCAACCAGAUCCUGUCGUAUGGUGCCGAACUGGAUUCCGACCAUCCCGGAUUCACCGAUAAGACUUAUCGCGAGCGGCGAAAAUACUUUGCCGACAUUGCCUUCAACUACAAACACGGCCAACCGUUACCCCACGUCAACUACACUCCGGAGGAAAUCGAAACGUGGAAGGUGGUUUUCAACAAUUUGACUAAACUUUACCCAACGCAUGCCUGCCACGAGCACAAUCACGUGUUUCCGCUGUUGAUUGAGAACUGUGGCUAUCGGGAGGACAACAUCCCACAGCUUGAGGAUGUUUCGAACUUUUUGAAGGAUUGUACGGGAUUCACGCUCCGUCCGGUCGCAGGUCUAUUGUCGUCUCGGGACUUUUUAGCGGGUCUGGCCUUCCGAGUGUUCCACUCGACGCAGUACAUUCGUCAUCCGAGCAAACCUCUUUACACCCCGGAACCGGAUGUUUGCCACGAGUUGCUGGGACAUGCACCAUUGUUCGCGGAUCCUAACUUCGCACAAUUCUCCCAAGAAAUCGGACUGGCGUCCCUCGGAGCUCCAGAUGAGUACAUCGAAAAAUUGGCAACGUGCUUCUGGUUCACGGUCGAAUACGGAUUGUGCCGUCAAAAUGGUGAACUGAAGGCCUAUGGAGCAGGUCUGUUGUCCUCGUUCGGUGAGCUCCAGUACUGCCUUACGGAUAAGCCGGAACUGCGCGAGUUCGAUCCCCCUCGGACGGGAGAGCAAAAGUAUCCAAUCACCGAGUACCAGCCCAUCUACUACGUGUCGAACAGUUUUGACGAGGCCAUCCAGAAAAUGGUCCUAUAUGCCAACACGAUUCCCCGUCCUUUUGGAGUCCGUUACAAUGCCUAUACUCAGAGCGUCGAAAUCCUGGAUUCCAAACCACAAAUUGCUAAUCUGAUGAGAAAUAUUCAUGGAGAGUUCGAAGUCUUGCAGAAUGCAUUUAAGAAGUUGUAAAAAAUGCUACCGUUAGUUGUUUGUUUACGUUUAAGUUAGGUUUACGUGGCGAUCAGGUUGUGUUAUCAGGUCGUUAUUUUAAUCAUACGCUCAACUCAAAGGUUAAUCCUCUUAUUAAGACGUCAGCUUCCAAGACUGUAAAAGAUUAAGAACCAAAAUAAACAAAAAACAGAGGCGUGAAUAGUCAGACAAAGCCAAAAAAAUACUCUGAUUAGGUGAACCCAAAAUAAAAUUGUAAGUCUUAACGAUGA